CAGUUAGCUGCUAUCUGUUUGACAGUGGGGUAGCUGCAUAGACUGUCAAAAGAAGGGAAGCUAGACGUCAACAAUAUUUUUUUCUCGUAGAUAAUGGCAAAUGGGGUUAUAGCAGAAUAAAUUUCAGAGCGACUUAGAACAAAUAUCUGGAUUUCUAGUAUUUUUCACAUAGGAAGGUCGGGAGUCAAUGAGUAGGAAUGCCUGUUGAAAGUGGAAGCAGUGCAGCUUCUCGCCAGGCCAAGCAGAAGCGCAAGUCCCACAGCCUGUCCAUCCGCCGGACCAACAGCACAGAGCAGGAGCGCACAGGUUUACAGAGGGAGAUGUUGGAGGGACAGGAUUCCAAAUUGCCAUUGUCUUUGAGAAGCAAUCUUCUGGACCUGUUUGGCCAGAUUGAGAGGGAGUUUGAAAACCUCUACAUUGAAAACAUUGAGUUGCGUAGAGAGAUUGAAACACUGAAUGAUCGUUUGACAGCUGAAGGACAAACCAUCGAUGGGGGAGAUUUGACAAAGGGGGCACUUAAAACUAAAGCAAGUCAUAGCACAAGUCAACUUUCACAAAAACUGAAGACCACUUAUAAGGCAUCUACAAGCAAGAUCGUUUCCAGUUUUAAAGCCACCACGUCCAGAGCCGUGUGCCAGCUGGUCAAGGAAUAUGUAGGUCACAGGGAUGGCAUAUGGGACCUGAGUGUCACCAGGACACAGCCCGUGGUGCUGGGCACAGCUUCGGCAGAUCACAGUGCCAUGCUAUGGAGCAUCGAGACUGGGAAGUGCCUCCUGAAGUAUGUGGGUCAUGCAGGAUCAGUUAACUCUAUCAAGUUCCAUCCCACGGAACAGAUGGCUCUUACAGCAUCUGGUGACCAGACAGCCCAUAUCUGGAGGUACAUGGUGCAGCUGCCCACCCCACAGCCUGUAGCCGACAUCAGUCAGACGCCCUGUGACGACGACAUAGACUUCUCAGAUAAGGACGAGGCUGAGGGGGACGGUGAGGGCCCUAACGAGUGUCCCUCCAUCCGCAUGGCUUCCACUACCCUCAGGAGCCACCAGGGGGUUGUCAUCGCUGCAGACUGGCUGGUGGGGGGCAAGCAGGUGGUUACCGCCUCCUGGGACCGGGCUGCCAACCUUUAUGAUGUGGAGACUUCUGAGCUCGUCCACUCACUCACUGGCCACGACCAGGAGCUGACCCAUUGCUGCACCCACCCCACCCAGCGUCUGGUGGUCACCUCGUCCAGAGACACCACCUUCCGUCUGUGGGACUUCAGAGACCCCUCCAUCCACUCUGUCAACGUGUUCCAGGGACACACCGACACGGUGACAUCAGCAGUGUUCACUGUGGGGGACAAUGUGGUGUCUGGGAGUGACGAUCGCACCGUCAAGGUCUGGGACCUCAAGAACAUGAGGUCACCCAUAGCAACAAUCCGCACAGACUCUGCAGUCAAUAGGAUAAGCGUGUCGGUGAGUCAAAGAAUCAUUGCUCUUCCUCAUGACAAUCGACAAGUUCGGCUGUUUGACAUGUCAGGAGUGCGGCUGGCUCGACUCCCACACAGCAACAGACAGGGCCACCGGCGCAUGGUGUGCUGCUCAGCCUGGUGUGAGGACAACUCCUCCUGUAACCUUUUCAGCUGUGGCUUCGACAGGCAGGCCAUCGGAUGGAACAUCAACAUCCCAGCUCUGCUGCAGGAGAAAUGAGCCCAGACAGCCCUGAGCCAUCCGCCUGGCCCAUCUGCUCACUGAACCCCAUGUUAAGAGCUGAUCCCUGGUCAGUUCAGUCAGAUGCCACCACCCUCAGGCAGGGAGGGGAGAAGAUCGAUCGAGGACCACUCUCUCUCUGUGUCAAGUAUUCAUGUUCUUCUCACACUCCAAAUGUGGUCACAGUCUGGUCUGCAUAGUUUGAAUAUACAUACCGUACUACAUACAUGUGUGAUGGUGUGUGGUGGUUUUCAAACUUGCCCUUGUAUGUACAGAAAAUGUAAAGGACUACUCUCUGCUUUGUUGUUGGGCUUGUUUUGAUCAGUUUAUUCAUGACUUUCCUUCUGAAGAUAAAUAGCACUGACAUAAAGAAGGUACGGGGGGAUUUUGUAGUCACCCUAAUUUUCAGUUCAGAAUAGGUCAAGCACCUUUUUGAUGGUGUAGCCUCGUUGAUAAUGAGCAGCAUUUCAUGGAGACUUGUGUUAGUACUGAAAUGCCACACAUCUGCUUUCGAACCCACCUUAACCGCUCAGAAGUACAGCUAGCCAAGCUACUGCAUAUCUCUGUGCCAUUUCGGCAGAGCCAUACUUUGUCAAGGUUUACUGCAUAUCUCUGUGCCAUUUCAGCAGAGCCAUACUUUGACCAUCUAUUGGUGAUCAACUGAGCACUGAAUAAGGAACAUGCAGAGCUGCUACAGUACAGUGUUCAAGUGGCUCUGUCAUCCACCUUUUAGAACCAAUAGCUGUUACAAUUUUAUUUGUUGUUAAACUGUUUUAGCCUAAAUACCAUUGCAGCUUUUGUACAGACUUGACAGAAUCCUACUCUUGAGUCCUAGACAGUAUGUUGUACCAGUGGAUUAAAUUGUGUAAACACCCCAUGUUUUGAGGUUGAGGUUGAUCGUAUUCACCAUUUUAAUAGGCACUUCAUUCAGGUUGAGGUUGAUCGUCUUCACCAUUUUAAUAGGCACUUCAUUCAGGUUGAGGUUGAUCGUCAUCACCAUUUUAAUAGGCACUUCAUUCAGGUUGAGGUUGAUCGUCAUCUCCAUUUUAAUAGGCACUUCAUUCAGGUUGAGGUUGAUCGUCUUCACCAUUUUAAUAGGCACUUCAUUCAGGUUGAGGUUGAUCGUCAUCACCAUUUUAAUAGGCACUUCAUUUGUGUGUAAUAAUCAUAAAUGAGUCUUAGAAAGUAAGACGUCAUGAAAUUGCUGUAGAGUUUACAACCAAUAAUAUGUGAAGUGUUUCUUAGAAUUAGUCAGUAUUGAACCUCUUACAGGGAUAUAUAGGUCAGUAACUUGUUACCACGUGGUACUUCCUUCAGUAAGUAAGUGGGAUCUCUAAGAGCGUUCUAAUGCAAUAGCUGUAAUAUGCUUGGUGUGCUCAGUGAUCAUGACGUUAAUUUCUGCAUAGAAAACUAAAAGAAGAAGAGAUUAUUAUGUGUUUGAGGUAAGUGUGAUGUCAUAAAGUAGCUGUGUCUGUUUUUUAGAGAAAGAGAAUCAAUGUUUGACUUGAAAACAUUUUGAGUGUAAUUGUCUGUGAGAGUCACUUGGCAGGCAGCACAGUUGACUUGGUUACAUUCCUGCUCUUACGCAGACAAAUGAUACAAAAUGAUGCAUCUGUAUCUCAUGAGGCAAGCCAGCUUUAUUGCAAUCGUAAAUGCUUCUUUAGAGACUUAGAUAUGCUUUGUGUUUUGCUAACUUGUAACAACAUAUUAACUAUUGAUAUUUAUACAAGAAGUCACGUUGAACAUCUUUUAUUCCAUUAUGGAAUCGUUAUUGUGACGAAAUAAAGUGGUUCCAGGUGUAGGCCCACGGUUCUAAGUGAGCGUAACUUUCCUUCCACAAUAAAUUUAACAUCUGGAGAAAAUUAAAUGUAAUCAUCUCUAUUCAAAGGGGCCUAUUUGGCUUAAUGGUGUAUUCCUGCUGCAUAUUUUAUUAUCCUUUUAACUUUGAGGUGAUCUUUUCAUUUCCACUAGUUCUUCAUCCUGUGCAGUUAAAAUCAGUUGGAUCUCUUUGGUUUCAUUGGCUGAAGUAUUGUUUUAAUCUAUAGUGGUUUGCAUGUAGUCUUUCUCAUGUACCGUUUACAUCAGGGAUGUCUUAAGAGGUUACUCCUAGCCUGGUCCCACAUCCAUUUGUGCUCUUACCAACUCCAUUGGUCAUUGUCAAGCCAAACAUGACACUACUGUAAGUGACAAGGAGUUGGCAUGAUGGCACAAACAGAUUGGCACUGAAAAUAGGCUACUGCAGAUGUGGUUGUGCAGUUCUAUGCAUGACUAAUACCACAUGAUGUAGUACUAGAGGCAUUGAUUAAGUAAUCUGUUACAUGGGUUGGUAUAAUAAGAGAUGUCUCUUGGACCGUAGCUGUCCAGGAUUGUAAUCCGUGAUUUAAGUGAAACAAAUUUGUUUGAAAUAUCAAAGAAGUAUGGCCUGUGAAUGUGAAGUCUAGCCUGGUGCCAGCUCUGUUUGUGUGCUUGCCAACUUCAUUGGUCCAUUGGCAUGACAAUGAAUGAAAAGGAGUUGGCAUGGUAGCACAAACAGACUGCCACUCAGACUACCUGACCUCCUGAGCCACCAUGCAUAGCUAGUUGACCAUGUUUAUCAUCACUUUCUUCAUGGAUUUAUUUACAUUUCAGUCUCAUGGUUUUAUCAGCUGGUCAUGUAAAUGUGGUCCUGGUGUUCAUUUCAAUGGAGUACAGUGCUUGCUUGUUUCCCAAAUGGCACCCUAUUCCGUAUGUAAUGCGUUACAAAGGGAAUAAGGUGCCAUUUGAGAUGCAUACUCUCAUUACAUCAUACAAACUUAGCAGUAGAAAUCAACAGUGUAAAAGCUUUAGUAAAACUGUGGUUACCUACCUAAUGAUAUUUUAUGUGGUAAAAUAGGUUCAUUUUAACAAGAGGAGCUCCACCAGUACACAUCUCAUAACAUGAAACAGUUUAGCUGUGUGUGUGUGCGUGCGCGAACAUGGUGGCUAUUCAUAAGGAACAGCAGCUUGUGAAAUCAAAUAAAAUGUUGUGCUGUUUCAUU